UUCAUUGAUGAGAUUCAAGAAUAUCAGCAUUUAAAGUUACUUUACAGGCACAUAAUUAAAAGACUUUUCCUGAGAUUAAUACACAAGGCCUUAAUUAAUGAUUAGUAUUACAUUCAUAGACAAGUUGCUUGCAGAUAAAAUAAUAAAAGUGAUAAUAAUCAGUUAAUUUGCAUUUUUAACAUUUUUCUCCGAAACUUCACAUUGACCUUGAACGUAGCUUGAUGUUCAGUGACACUCGGUCCCUCCCCAAGUUUUUCAGAAAGCCCUACCGGGUUACCAGGGAAGUCUCGUGCACUGCUUUGUUUCCGCUGGACUUUCAGACCGGGAAGGUUUACGUUUGUUUCACUUGAUGAUGUCAGGCAGCCUGACACGGAGUGCCCCUGGGAGACAAAACUCAGGGAAAAAUGUUCUAUGUGAUCAGCGUCCAGUCAGGAAGUGUUGAAAGCGUCAGAGCAAGGUACAACCGUGCUUUGUUUUCGCAUAACGACAAGACAGCACACUGUUACAUCUGCCAGCCCUGAAGUCAGCUGAAAUCCCACAAUGCCCUUGUUUCGGGCUUUGGCUGAACGUGGUGGGGCGAAGGCUAGACCCGGGCGCAGGAGGCAGAGAACGGGAGACUGCUGGAGGACAGAUGUAGAUGGUCCGGUCCUUUCACUGAGGCAGCUGUCUCUGCUAAGCCUUGCUGACAACAUGAAAGAAGUGUGGGUGAAAGACUAUACCGAUAACUACCUGGAUCAGUAUUCAUUCAGAUACAUCAUGGGGCCUUUCAACUUACUCACCAGUGAACUUGUUGAGGAGCUGACAUGCCUGCUGUGCAGCAGAAAGCAGUUGUCCCGGGCAGCCCUCCACCUCCUGUUGGUGCCCCAGCUUCGAGGUCUGUCUCUGGAAAGUUGUCCUGCUUUGGUCACCCCGGCCCUCUGCACUAACAUUGCUGCACGCUGCCAGGAUUUGAGGAGUCUGGAUUUGUCUGGAGCCCAGCAGCUACCUUCAAAGGUCAUUUCCGAAACCCUCCACGGCCUUCCUGCUUUGCGCUCCCUCUCUCUGACUGGCAUGUCCUGUGACAAGCAUGUAAUCAGAACAAUCGCUCAGCGUUGCCGUUUGUUGCGGCAUCUAGAUGUAUCCCGCUGUCAUUUGCUUUCCCCAGGUGGAUUGCUUCCUCUUGGAGGUGGGGCUUUCUGCUCAUCCUCAGGCAGUCCCUCUAAAUCUCAGUGUUCUGUUUCCACUUCCUGCUCUGAUCAGUCCUCAUCCUUUCCUGCAACUGUGGCUCCUCUUCCCCUCAGCAGUCUGCUGGCUCUGGAUAUUGGGUUUGGGGUACAAGAGGAAGACCCUGUGGCUGCUGCAGCCUACCUCCUUCUCUCUCUCCCCUCCCUGGAAAGAGUAGCCAUGGAGGGCAUAGAAAAGGCCUGCUGCCUCAUCGAGCAGAGAGAGUUCAGCCUGGCAGACGAGUUUACAAGCAGGGAAGGAGUUGCCAAGCUGGAACAGGUUUGGCAGGAAAGAAGAGACAAGGAAGGCAAGGAUAAUUUAAGAAUGAGGAGAGAAAAAACAGCAGUGGACAGAGAAAAUGAGGAUGAAGGGGGGAAGGGGAUAUCAUGGGAGGAGUAUAGGAGUGGGAGUGAGGAAGAUACAAGUAAAGAUGAAGGGCUGCCUUGCUCUCAGAGGCAGUCGGGGCAAAAAAGGACACAUCUGUCACAGUCAGACUUUGUCCUGAAACUGAAGGAUGUUAAGGGCUUAACCUUUGACUCUUUGGAUAGUUUAGGUCGUUUAUGUCCAGGCAUUUGCUCCAUGUCUGUGAGUGUUGACAGUAAUGAAAACACUAGAGGAGGAAGCAAGGUAUCUCUGUUAGCUGCGGGCCUCAAGGCCUGGUCCGGUCAGCUGCAGAGGCUCUCGGUCCAAUUCCCAGGAAAUCUGGACAACCUCCUUCCCGCUCUGUUAGUUGCAGGGUCCUCUCUGAUUUCUCUUACACUUGAAGGGGUGAAAACCAGCUCCUACACCAGACUCCUGCCAGUCAUCAGGGCCUGUCCCAGACUCAGAGACCUGCUCAUUUCUGCUGAGCCUCCUCCCUCCUUCCUACAAAUAGAACAUGAGGAGGAUCAACAGGACAAUGGAGAUCUUCCACGUCUGCCUAACCUUUGCUCUCUCACACUCAGUUUCUCCUAUGAACACAGCCAAAUAAAGCCUGCCAUGUUCUGGAUGUCCCUGAAGACGGUGCUCAGGUGUCUCCUGACCGGCUCCCCUUUACUGGAGAAGCUCUCACUCGUCUCCCUGCCGUGCCCCCUGGACUACACUUUACAGAGUGUGCUACGCACAGAGAACUAUGAGCCGCAUGCUUCUGCAGAAUCCACAGGCUCACCUCUCGUGCCGCUCGCACGGGUACGCCACGUUGAUCUGCAGCGGACAGACGUGACGAUUACAACGGUGAAGAGUUUAUUACAGCAGAGCAAGAGACUGAAGUAUGUGGACGUGAGUUGCUGCUGGCAAAUUAGUUACUCCGAGUGGCUGGCCUGCAAGACGUGCAGUAAUGUUCAAAUUGUCUGGGCAUAAUGAAGAGAUUACCAGCUGAUUCACGUACAGCAAAUAAAACCACUGUGCACCUUUUAUAGUGUGAGGUUCUACUACAGCUCUACGAGUGUUGGCAGGUUAUCACAGGUUAUUUUUGCACUGAGAGAACAUAUUGAAGUAACACUUGAUGACUUGUCUUAUAUAAAAAGAGUUAUUACAGUAACUUGGAUACAUUUGAAAAUGUGCUGUAUAAUUUAUACCAUGUUUUAAAUCAUUCGUCAUGCUCUUUUUAUUGUUUUUCAAACUUAUUAGAAAGUCAAUAUUAAUGUAUUGUCUUUUCAGUAAGCUAUAAAUCUUAUAUUAAAUACACAUGAGAACCUGGA